GUUUGCUCAGUGUCAAGCUAGCAUCCAGCUAGCGUCAAACUAGCAUCCAGCUAGCGUCGUUAGCCGAGGAGGAGCUAGCUGCGCACCAAACGACAACCUGCCAAACACACCCACCGCUUAAACAUUAGUUUUUUAGUCCCGAACGUCUUUGUUUUGUUUUCGAUUCAAAGCUUGGCUUUUUUGCGUUUGUUUUACUCGAGUAAAAUGGUGGUUUUGACAAACGAUGAAGAACAGGAUUAUAUCCUAAUAGAGGAGCGUAAGUGCUCCUCGCUGCCCAGCUCUCCAGCAAAGCGAGUCUCUCCCACCAAAAGGAAGCAGUUCUUCAUCAACCAAGCCAUCCGCAACUCUGACCUCAUUCCCCGAGCCAAGGGCAAGAAGAGCCUUCGCCGACUGGAGAACACACGCUUUCUAGCUAACCUUCUUGAGAAGGAUGAGUGCUCCAAAGAUGACCUGGAGGUGUGCAGUAACCCAUCCAUCCCAUCCAUCUUCACUGAAGCCUGUACCAACGGAAACUACAUAGAGCCGUGGAAUGACUUCAUGAAUUGCUCCGGCGAGGAGCAGGAGAGGCUGCUGUCUCUGCUGGAGCAGGAGGAGGCCAGGAACAAAAGCCCCAAGUGGCCCCUGGGGGACAAGAGGAACGUAAAUCCUGCUUUCGCUGCUCAGGACUGCUUCCAAAGAAUCGACCGCAGGCUGCGAGUGACUCUCAGACGGAAACAAAUCCCCGUGGGAAUCCUGGAAGUACUUGAGGAACACCUUCUGAGCUUCUUUGUCGCUCAGCCUCACUCAGUUUACACCACCAGCCUCGCCAGCAGCUUUGAGAGACUGCUGCUUCACGCUGUGUGCCAAUAUAUGGACCUUGUCUCUACAAGCACCAACUACAACCGGACACGUCAGACCAAAGUGGUGAACAAACAAGAGGACUUUCUGCCUCCUACACUUCAGCUGUCGGCCUACUUGGAGCAGUUGAGCUGAGAUCGGGUCCACGCCAUGUUUCCCUCUCUCCACCGCACAGCUCUGCUCUGAGAGAUGGAGAUAGGGCUGUGUGUGUCGUCUGGGUAACGUCCGCAAAGUUCAUCAAAAAGAGCUGGAAGUCGCCUUUCUUUCCCUCGUUCGUCCCCGGUCUCUCUAGGAAGUUCUGACCCACAAACGCAUGACAGUUAAAUGAGGCUCCGUAUGCCAACAAGGGCACACACACCGUUUGACAUUUUCCUCCCUCACUGGGAAAGAGUUGUCAGAGCUGUGUGUAAUAUGUUAAAUACAGCAUCAUAGAGCUGUUUGGCUCCAGGACGCCACUUGGAUUAAAGGGAAUUCCUUUGAGCAGGUUUUAAACUUGUUAACACACUAAUAUUAUUGGGAAUGUAUUAACAUCACAACUGGAUUUGUAUUGUUUACUCUUAACAAAUAACGUUUCACACAAAAACAAAUUGUCAUGAGCAUGUGAAGAGCAUUACGUCUAAAUGAAUACAUGAGCUUUAAGCUGAGGCAGAGAGUGUGAACAGGUUAGUAAACAGUUUUCAUGCUACAUUUCAUGGUGGGUAUGAUAUUUCACAUAUUAAGUUCAGGCAACAUGAAAUAGGACUUUUUUGUAUUUAUCUCUAACGAUAUCAUUUUGUUCUUGAAAAUUGCAACGGAAACAUUCCCAGCCGUUCCCUGAUGUUUGGUGAUAAAUAGACAGGGACCUCACAUCUAAGUGUAUUUAGAUUAAGCACAAAGUCAAGUUAAAAACAAUAUUAUCCCUAAAAAACUGGAACAUUUGAAUGAAAACCAGUUGUCUGCUUUGUGUUGCUAAUGAUGAACAAGCAUCAAAGGUGCUAAAAUGUGCAUGAGGAAAUGCGUCGCUGCCUGAAGGAUUAGCCUGUAGGAUUUCUGUAAGUGGUGAGGUGUGAAGCAUGAAUAAUCAUCGUAGGUGAAGAUGUAAAUGUCUGUUGUCAACUUCUGGGAUGCUUGGAAAGUAAUAUUCGUAUCACCUCGUCUACACUUGAAUCAACCGAGAGAUGCACAUUUACAUUUAAACCAACGAAACAGUCUGUAUGCAUCCAGGAAGCAUGCGGGUGGUUCCGUUGCUAAAGUACAUGAUGGUUUGGCGACCGUGAACCAGUGAAGACGUGCAGUGCUUCACUGUAAAUGUUCCUUCAGCAAACGGCCAGUAAGACCAGUUAAGGAGCUACACUGUAGUUACAAAUUGCAAAUCGCCUCGUGGUCUGAGAUGUAUUCAUGUGUUUUUUACUAUGUGCGCGGUGCAACUUCAUCAUUGAAAGCCUUUUUUGUUUUAUGGUAAAUGAAUUAAAACUAUACUGAAUGUGCAGUAGAUAUGGUACAAUAACCCUAUUUAAGGUGUUUUGAGGAGUGAUAUUCAAUCUCAAUAUUCACAUUUACAACCUCGGAUCUUCUGCCUUAUGAACACACGUUACACAUGUUUUCUGUACAUAUUUUUCUACAUUUCUGCUUGACUGGAUUUGGCAAACAAACAAAAAAGAAAUACUUGACCUUUAGGCAAAUUUUGUCAACAACCAAAGUUUUUGUGUGGAAAUCCAAUUUCUCAGGCUCUCUGAAUGUCACAUAAUCUCUUACAUGGUGUACAUUUCUGUUCACUGUUUACUUUUUCAAGAUGGUCUUUUUAAACAGCUGUGCUUUAAAAAAAAUGAACUUAGAUGAUUUAUCUGUGCCAACAUUUGGAAUUAAAAAAACAAAUAUUCGGAGGGCUUUAUACACCAGACUAGAACUUCUUGUAUGUGUGUGCUACAGUGCUUAUUUAUGAUUAUCUCUUCAUCUAUUAAAUGGUUUAAGAUA